AUGAACAGACUCUUACUCAUAGCCUCUUUGGCCGCGAGCGCUGUCGGUGCUGCCGUAAAGUGUCGGGCUAGUGAUGGUUCGCCACCAAGCGUAAAUAAGACCACUUGCAAUGGUAUCGUUUACGAGUAUCAGGAGCUCGCUGGCUAUGGAUUUGUUGUCUCGGAUGCGGUUGACAAAUUCGGCGACACGCUUGGAGGACUGGGAUCCUCUAUACAUCUAGACUCGGAUUCUUGGAAGAAGCUUGACAAUGGAAGCUACUCAGGUGUGUUGUGGUCAUUGCCUGAUAGGGGUUGGAACACCCAAGGGACACUUAACUUCAAUCCCCGAGUGCACAAGUUUAAUAUUAUUUUCACGCCGAAGCCCGAUGCAACGGUGGAUAGCCCGUCUGGUCCAAACUUAUACUUCGAGUACCUAGAUACGAUACUUUUCUCUGGGCCUGACGGAACGCCCUGUACUGGGUUGGAUGCCGACGCCACUGGUCACAUUUCAUUCCCCGGCUUUCCCGAUCUUCCCGUUGCUACUUAUACGGGAGACGGUUUUGGUGGAGACGGACCAGGAGGUAAACGUAUCCCCGUUGACGCAGAGGGACUCUAUGUGAAUGAUGACUCUAGCUUUUGGGUAUCUGAUGAAUAUGGUCCUUACAUAUAUCUAUUCAGCCCGGAGGGCAAGAUGCUCAGCGCAAUUCGUCCCAAUGACGCUAUUGUACCGGUCCGCAAUGGGAACACCUCUUUCUCCGCUAAUAGUCCUCCAUAUUAUAUCGACAAUGGCGAAGGAGACGAUGUAGACCCUGCUGAUCCGGAUAGCGGCCGUGACAAUAAUCAUGGUUUCGAAGGUCUCACUGUCUCGGAAGACGGCAAGUCUCUGUGGAUACUUUUGCAGGCGGCAACUGUCCAAGACGGUGGCUUGGAAAAGCAAACCAUGAGGCAUACUAGGUUCCUUAAAUACGAUGUUUCGGAUCGACUUGCGCCAGUCUACGCGGGGGAGUGGAUUGUGCCUCUGCCCCUCUAUAACGAUCCGACAGCGAAGAAGUCAAAGAAUCCUAAAGCAGCUGCACAAUCCGAGAUACAUGCUCUCGAAAAUGGCCAGUUCUUUAUCCUGUCUAGAGAUUCUGGUGCUGGCCAUGGCACUGACAACUCCCUUUCCGUCUAUCGCCAGCUUGACGUCUUCGACAUUUCAGACGCUACAGAUAUCAAGGCAGCUGGCGAUUAUGAUUGCACUGACUGCAACGUUGCGAAGUCUGAGAGUGGGGAUCUCAAGAAGGAGAUCAAGCCAGCGAAAUACUGCAGCUUCCUCGACUUCAACGUUAAUGCGCAGCUAAACAGGUUUGGCGUUCACAACGGCGGUAACCAAGACCAAUACCUAUUGAAUGAGAAAUGGGAGUCUAUUGGAAGAGUCCCUGUUGAUCCUGGCGUCUCGAAUGGAGAGUUUUACGUUUUUAGUUUAAGCGAUAACGAUUUUAUCACUCAGAAAGGGUUUAUGAAUGGGGGUAAGCUCCCGUAUUCUGACGAAAGCGGCUAUGAUCUUGAAAGCCAAGCACUGGUAUUCAAGCUGCGGAUUUCAACUUGA